GUCAAGGAAAGAUUUUCAAUCAUGAAGAUGGCUGACGGUUCCACAAUCCUGAGAAGAAAUAGACCUGGAACCAAAGCUAAGGACUUUUCUAGUUGGCCCGAUGAACCGUUUGAGGAGAUGGACAGCACCCUUGCGGUGCAACAAUACAUUCAGCAGAUGAUUAAGAAGGAUCCGUCCAACGUGGAGCAGAUAUUGACCAUGCCGGAUGGGCAGGACGAAGGUGUAUGGAAGUACGAACAUCUUCGACAAUUUUGUAUGGAAUUGAAUGGACUGGCGGUGAGAUUGCAGACACAAUGCUUUCCCGCGACGUGUACCCAAAUGACGGCAACCGAACAGUGGAUCUUUUUAUGUGCGGCACAUAAAACGCCAAAAGAGUGCCCGGCAAUAGAUUAUACACGCCACACGCUGGACGGGGCCGCAUGCCUUCUGAAUAGCAAUAAAUAUUUUCCUAGCAGGGUAUCUAUUAAGGAAUCGUCGGUGUCAAAGCUUGGCUCGGUAUGCCGGCGCGUAUAUCGAAUCUUCUCGCACGCGUAUUAUCACCAUCGGCGAAUAUUUAACGAAUUUGAGGAGGAAACGUAUCUCUGUCUGCGGUUCACGCAUUUCGUCACCAAAUAUUCGCUGAUGUCGAAGGAAAAUCUAAUCGUUCCGAUUCCUGAGUGUGAGUUAACGCCUGGCGAAAGUGAAGCUUAAAGUAUGCCAACUGUUAUCGUGUCAUGACUGUUACUUGCAAGCUCUGCGGCAUCAUGAAUUCGAAUCAUAAAUUUAAAAGUGACAAAGUGCUAAGCGCUUCUUUAUGUUCCAUUCUCGUAUGUCGUAAACUUUAAACUGACCGGCAUUUUCCGGUUUUUCGGAAUGUGAAUCGACUUUCAUUAUCACCCCUCAAUCUUAUUUGCCGAAUUAACUACUACUUCUUAAUUUGCUGUAUAGUCAACAAAUUAAAAGUUUCAUUUUAGUUGAAGCUUUGUUCGCUUUAUACAUUUAAACGAAAUUGUAAUUAAAGAAAAUAUAAUGGAACUAUAAUCAUCAAUGAAAAGUCACCUUAAUAAAUAAAAAAAAAGUCAUUCGAAACAUAUAUACUAUUGGUAACGAAAAAUAAAUUUACGUUUAGAUAUAUUUCAAAGCUGAACCUGUAAACUGUAUCGAUUAUGAAAUUAUACAAACAAUAACUAACUUUUAAGAAUGUUGCACAGAAAAGUGAACAACUAACGACGCUAAACCAAACCAUCCAUCCGAACCAACGUUUCGUCUAGUUUCCUUUGAAUUAGAACAACAUUUCUCUCAUCAGCCUACGCGAAUUUCUCUCGCUCUUGCUCUAUAGGAACGAAACUCAGACCGCCUUUUAUCUGUUUUAUUUUACAAACAAGGGACUUUGUAGCAAACCAUUCAAGUAACGCUGUACGAUAAAAACCACCUUGGCAAAGAAGGAACAAACUUCAAGCAUGGUGGAUGCUAACAUUAAACAAUUGUUCAUAGGGUUAGCUCGACGGACGGCAUAUUGUUUGAACAACGUAAAGUGAAUCUUGUGUCAGUUUUUUACAAUUAUCGAGAAUAGAAUAUGACAAACUAAUUAGAGUUAAAAACACGGUUGUUUGCAAAACACACACAUACACCCACACGUAAGACAAAAUCACCAUAUAAUAAAAGGAAAUUACACAGCAGGCAACGGUGAAAAUGACCAUCUCUUAAAAUUGGACGAACAGUGUUGAUCAAAAAUCACUUGAGAAAUGUUUACACCUGUAAGAAGAAUAUGUAAUCUAGUACUGGAGGCAUAAAGUCAAAUAAAA